GUGUUAGUUGAAUCGCGACCGAGGAAAUCGACUCCGCGCCCCCCAGGACGACCUCCACCAUCAAGGCGGUGAAGAUGGCGGCGCUGCUCCCUCGCCUCUCGGCGCUGCUGCUGGGCCGCACCUCCACCUUCACGCUCGCCCUCGUCGCAGGCGCCGUCGUCUUCGAGCGCGGCUUCGACCACGGCUCGGAGCUGCUGUGGGACAAACUCAACUACGGGAAGCUGUGGAAGCACAACAAGCACAAGUAUGAGACGGAAGAGUGAGAAGGGCGCUCACCACGGCGCUCACCACGGCGCUCACCUACUGGCCGUGUCUCCCUGGUGACAUCCACCACCAUGGGCAUCUCCCACCUCAUCCACCUCGUCCACCACCUCGUCCACCACCUCGUCCACCUCCACGUGGUCACCGCACUGCUGGCGAGGAUCUCUCAACCCCUCUGCGUUUGGUCACCCCCCACCCUUCACCCCUCCCCCCUCCCCCUUCACCCCCCACCCUUCACCCCUCACCCCCCACCCCCUCCCCCCCCGUGCGUCCCUCGACCCUGCGUGUGACUCCGUCCUGGCCUCAAUAAAACGGCGCUGCCGCUGCGAU